UCUUUGGCAUCUCAGCUGGGGACAGGAUCGAGGGAGCCGCAAGGGGGGCAGGUUUCAGGGCAGCUGGAAAGCCACAGCUCGAGAAUCUCUUGGGUGAGAAAAACCACAGAGGAAACCAACGCAGGGUUCUAAUCCCCACCUAGGAAGCACCUGCCAUUUCAAGACUGUGCAACUGGACUUUACUGCGUCCUGAGAUCGGGCUCAUACAGGUGGAAAAAUGUUUCCUGUUCCACGACUGGAUCUCAGGAGAGAGCAACACCCCCCAGUCUCAGCCAUUAUGAAAGAGAUCAGGGAAAGAUAUGGUCCAAAGUUGGACUUAGGGAAGAAGGUUAGCGUCCCUCAGGAUCUGAUGAUGGAGGAGCUUUCUUUACCGAUAAAUAGGGGAUCCCAGCUAUACCAGAAGAGGCAGAAAAGGGUGCAACAGUUUGUGCUGGAGCGUCCCAAAGAGUACACACUGACCUCAAUGAAAACAGUUGGAUCAGAAGGAGGUUCCAAUGCAAACCACAAUGAAGCAGGAGCAACGGAAGGCUGGAUGAGCAACCACAAUGCAGAGGGGAAGGAGAAUGUCCCAGAUGGCCUCCAAGCUGCAGUUUCAGGCAAGGGAGCACCACCAAAGGUACCACAGAAGACAAGCAAAGUCUUGAGGAUGAGCAAAGCCCUGAAUCCCAAUGCCAUUGCACCAGGUUAUUCUGGUCCUCUAAAGGAGAUGCCCCCAGAGAAGUUCAACAGAACAGCCAUCCCCAAAGGCUACCAGUCUCCUUGGCGGGAAUUCCUUAGCAGUGAGGAUUACCAAGUAGACCACGAGAUCCGUUUGCCUGAACCUCCCAAGAAAAUGAACAUUUCUGAUCUUCGGAGCUUCAACAGGACACCAACUCCAUUUGGUGGGCCAUUACUGAAUGAUGUCUUCCCAGGGUUUGAGAUGGGCGAAGAUCCCACAGACACCAUGAACAGCCUGCAGCUCAUUUCCAACAGGCCCACUUUUAACAGAACACCUCGAGGCUGGAUACAGGCUAUGCCAGAAUCAGAGGAUUUGUAACCUGAUAUAAUACUGUUGCCUCUCCCUUUUCAAAAUUCACACCCCAGUUUACUAAUAUGUGACUGCCAGAAAGGAGCCUCUUUAGUACAGAUAGUCUACAUACAUGAUUCAUAGCUUUUCCUUGCUGCUUGUCCAUUGCACGUACUGCACCUGACUCCCUGCUAGGGCCAUUACUGUUCCUCAUGUGUCACCCUUUCCUACUAGGAUGCAAUUUUAAAAAGCUCUUACGGUGAAAUAAGACCAGCCCUCAAACCACAAAUAGCCAAGAAGCCAGGUUGAGCCAAGUGAAAAGAACAGUAUGUCUAGAGAAGUGAUUUGAGAAGGGAGUGCAUGUUCAAAAGAACCAUUAUUUUAUCUACAAACACGGAAAUAUUAGGCUACAUUUGGACAUCUAGUUUGUGCCAAAUACUUGCCAAGAAUUUUCAGAGAUAAAUCAAAUUAAGGUACACUGAAAAACUCGAUUUACUUUAUUAUUUAGGAUAUAUUUCUUCCAAGAUUUUAAACCUCUCUUCUGCCUUCUCUUGGCAUGGAAUCCAAAGAGUUAACCCUAUAGAACUACUUUUUGGAGGGAGAGGGAGGCCUAGCAUCAAAGGUUCAAACCAACAGUGGACUUGUGUGGCCUGUGACCCCUCUCAACAUGUUGGGUCCUUUUUCUGGAAAAAAGGAGGAAAGAUCGUCACACCUGAAAGAUGGCAGGAAUUCACUUUUUAAAUAGACAUGGGGAAGGAAGCUGUUUUACUUAACCUUAAACAAAAUUCGGUACUGUUCCAUUACUGGGUGGCAGCCAAAAGGGACAGAGGAUAUAGAACAUUUUACAGGGGGGGGGAGGGGGAGUAAGAGAAACACCCCCAUUUUUUGCUGGUUAUUCCCUCCCACCAACUUCCCAUGCCAUAAACAAGGGCCCUUUCCAUGACUGCAACAUGGGUGGUGUGAAUAACAGGAAAGCAGGUGGAAAUAGUUUUACUUCUUCAACCCCCCCCCCCCUCUGUAAAAUGAACUAUCCAUCUGUCUAGCACCCCUUUUGAUCUACCUAAAAUUCAAAGACAAGAGGACUGCAGAUGCUUCUAGUUUGGUUUUGUUCCAUUAUGGGGGCAUUUUGGGCAAUAUGUCUGGCCUCAGGAAGGCAACAAAUGCCCACCCUGCUGCAGUUCACCAGCCCUGCCCAUGUUUUGAUAUUGAAUCUCAAUAACCUAUCACAAUGGUGCUAAAUGAACUGAUAAAACAGUUCCAAAGGGGCCAAGCCAAUUAUCAUUCAUAUUUCCAAUCACUCUUGGGGAAAGCAACACACAAACAUUCUCUUACUCACUUUUGGCAAUAGGAAAUAUCACUGGAUGCCAUUAUAAAAAUACUGGAAUUUUCUUGAAAUCAUAGCUUUAGGUUUAUAAAUGAUCAGUGGGCAGAGCAGCAAGGAUUUCAGGGGGAAUAAUGUUCAUUUUCUCAAAUACUGGAAAUAAAGUGAAAUAAAUGGAUAGUCUUAUGACUGGUAAGCUUCUCUGUAGGCCCACAACUGGCAAGAGUGGACCACUUGUCAGACCAGAUUGUCCAAAAGUGUCAUAUGAUAUGUAGAUAAUAUAUGGAGCAGAAUGACAAAGACAGAGAAAUGGAAUGAACUUCAGGAUCAAUUCUGAGGCUGAGUAACCAUGUUAAAGUCUUAAGGUGCCCAUGGCUCUGUUGUUUUUGCUGCAUAAGUUUUAAGAUGCCACAAUACUUUGUUGUCAAUGAGAGGAGGGCUUUCUUAAAUAUCUAUGUCCAUUAACUGAUUGUAAUUUAUUCAUUUUGUGCUCCCACCCC